AUGACAGCAAGUAAUGGUCAACUACCAUCAUUCAAGAAUUGUCCAAUAUGUGAAAAUCUAUCUGAAGGCAAAGUUAAGCCGGGUAUUUUGACAUGCGAUGGUUGUAAACAACAAUUUUGUUAUCCACAUAUGGGCACACAUCGACAAGAAUUAUCCAAUUCCUUAGAAUUGCUUGUCUAUCAACGUAAUCAAUUAGCAAUUAUUAACGCUCCAGAUUUAUCAUCAAAUGAAAAAUUUAAUUUAAAUGAACAGAAUGAUCGUAUUGAUAAAUGGGAAUCUGAGACAAUCGAUGUGAUACGAACAGUAGCAAACCAGAUACGUGAAAAUUUAAUUGAAACAGCAAAUAAACAUCGUGAAUCUAUUAAAAUCUCCUAUGAUGAACUCACACAAGAAUUAAAUACAUAUCGUGAAGCUGAAAACUAUUUUGAAUCAGAUAUACAUCUGUUAACAGAAAAACUGAACAAAUUAGCGUUGCAUAUUGAUAGUUUCCAAACAAGAUUCAAAAUAGAAAUAAAUGAUAAUAAAAUUGAUUGGACAAAAUUAAUUCAAAUAAAAGAUGAAGGUGAACAAAUGAAAACCGACAAUAGUGUGAUCAACAGUUCGUCAAUUAUCGUCGACCAACCGCAAUUACCACCGGUUUUAUCGCGUAUUGAAAGCCUGUUCGCUAAAUGUCAGCCGAACAAUCGGCUACAAACACGUAUUGAUGGCCAAAUGUGUGCAGGUGACAAUAUUCUUUUAUUUUUCCGCAGUAAAAAGUUAUGGAUGAUCACAUGUGAACCUAUGAUGUUUUCUCAGCAACUUAUCCAAUGGGAAUAUGAUUCAAUUAUCGAUAUAUUGUGGUCAACAUAUUUGAAGGAUUUUAUUGUUUUAACAGGGAAGAAGUUGAUAAAAUUUUCAUCGAAACAAGAACUAGAAACCCCCAAUAGCGGCAUGCGAACAUGUAUUAAUGCAUAUAAACAUAAACUUUUUCUAAUUCGUAACGACCCUUAUAAUAAUAAUUGUAUUGAAGAAUACAAUAUGGCUGAUCGAAACUGGUCAAAUCCACUUAAUUAUUGGCAGCCACCUGUAUCUUGUGCAAAAAUGGAAAAAAUUAAUCAGAUCUCUGCGAAUGAGCAAUAUGUCGCAUUAAUUAUUUUAUGGACUCACGAUGAAAGGAAAGGACCUGUAGAAUUUCGUAAAUUUGAAUUACGAAAUCACUCAAUGUUUUUGCUUCGAAAUAUUAACUUGGAAUACUGUUGUUCACCGCUAUUAUUGUUACCAGAUCAAAAUCAAUGGCUUAUGGGAAGGCGUGAUCGUGCUGGUACCUUCGUUACCAUUGACGAAGAAUUGAAAACGCGAAAACAAACAAACAUAUUGUCACUUCCAAUAGACACUAUUCAGUUUAUGAUGAACAAAAAUAAGUUAGAUAUGGUCGUCCGUUACUAUGCUAUUAGUCAGGAUCGAACCAUAACACAUACAAUUGAGUUUUACGAUUAUUAA